UUUUAGAGGAAAUAUGUUUAUUUCACGUUUUCCAUAAAUAAUUCAUCUAUUGGUUCAUUUUUGUUUAUGCUAUAUUCUGAUUUAUUACCAUUAACUUGUCAACAUUUUUUAAAUCUUUGUACUGGAUAUGAUGAAUUGAAGGAAUGUUAUAAAGAUGCUUAUUAUAUAAAUAUGCAUUUACAUCGUAUAGUAAAAAAUGGAUGGAUUCAAUGUGGAGGAUGUGAACAUACUGAAAUUAAUGAAAAUGCAGAAAAUAUUAAAAUACCUGAUGAGUCUUAUUGUAUUCCUCAUGAUCGCAGAGGAGUUCUUUCAUUGGCAAAUAAUGGAAAACAUUGUAAUGAAUCACAAUUUAUUGUAUGUUUAAAAUCAAAUCCUUGGAUGGAUCAUUUUUAUGUUGCUUUUGGACAACUUAUAGAUGGUAUUGGAACUUUAAAGAAAUUAGAAAAUAUAUCAACAUACUAUGAACGUCCUAUUGAACAAAUAAUAAUUUCACAAUGUGGAGAAUAUAUUUUUGGUAAUGAAAUUAAAAUGGAGACAGAAUCAAAGAUUUUCCUUGAACAUCAACCAGUAUGCAUGGAAGGAGAAUAUGUAAUUAAUGACAAUAUGUUUGAUUAUUAUUCUAUUACACCAUGGUUUGAUAAUAUUGUAGAUAAGAUAGAUGUUCGUGAUACUGCAUCGCUUUUGAUAGCUGAACGAUAUUUAAAUGGCCUUUAUUGUCUUGCAACUGAUUAUGAACCAGGGAUGGAUAUGCAUAUUUAUGAAAAAAUUUAUUUAACUGAUAUGGCAAGAUAUGAUACAAUAAAAGUCAAACUUCAUGAUUUAUUAUUGAAUUUUCAACCAGAAGUAAUGACAGAACAGGAAAAAAUAAUAUUUGUUUCAGAAAUUUCUAAAAUUAUUUUAGCUUAUAUUUUUCGUUAUGAAUAUAAUGAAUUUUGCCUGCAACAUAUUUCAUUGAAUAGUCAUGCAACAAUACAUAAAAUACUAAAAAUUGCGCAUGACAUAGCAUUAAAGACUAUUAAAAAGGCUGAAGCAAAAUCUAUCAUUUCUUUGGAAUGUAAUAGUUCAAAAAUUACGAAGAUAUUUGAAGAAAAACAUGUUACUAACAUAUUAGUCUCAGAAAAUUGUAUAUCAAUAUUAGAAAAAAUAAUAAAUAAAGCUAUACUAUGUUUAAUAAGAACUUUCGAAAUACAAGAAUAAAAAACAAA